UUGGGUGAACACUUCCACAAGCUGACAGAUGAAUGUUGGCAAACCAUCAUGGGACAGUUAUGCGUGCAAGUGUUGAGCACUGAAAUAAAUGACGCGAAGAGGCGGGAUUUGAGGUUUUCGUAAACGCCCAGCAUGAUGCGUAGCCUGUCACUUGAAUGAAUAAAUGUUGAUUCGUGCCCCGAGACAGAAAGGCACUCGCGGCCCUGCCCUCGCAUUGGUCUUUGGUGUGUUGAAUGUAAGCACCCGGAGUGCCGCCCGUGCCAUUACUGAAGGCAACCGUCGACGAGGUGAGCUGCUGCCUUGUUUCUUUGAGCAGGUCACGUUCUUUAAAUCAUCCAGCAAGAUGACAAAAGGCAAGAAGUGGGUUCUGGAGAAGCAUUUCGAGGGUUUGCCGAAGAGGACUGACGUAAAGAUCGUCAAUUUCGAAUUACCAUCGAUCAAAAAUGGCUCGGUUCUGUUGGAAGCAGUGUAUCUCAGUGUGGAUCCGUACAUGAGGCCGUAUGCAGCUUUACUGCAUGAAGGGGGCACCAUGAUGGGUGAGCAAAUAGCCAGAGUCAUCGAAAGUAAGAAUGCCGAUUUCCCUGUUGGCACCAACGUGCUUGUCAAUGCUGGCUGGGUAACCCACUGUGUUUCCGACGGGAAGGACCUGACAAAGAUCUCACCAUACCCAGAGGGGAUUCCGCUCUCUCUGGCCUUAGGAACCCUGGGUAUGCCAGGCAUGACAGCCAACUGCGGCUUGGUGGACAUCUGCGAAGCUAAAGCUGGCGAGGUAGUGGUAGUCAGCGGUGCAGCUGGGGCAGUCGGUAACGUGGUGGGGCAAAUUGGCAAGAUCAAGGGCUGUAAAGUCAUAGGAUUCGCGGGCUCUGACGCCAAAGUGACCUGGCUGAAGGAACUGGGUUUCGAUGAAGCCUUCAACUACAAGACGGUGAAGGACCUGGACGCGACUCUGAAGUCUGUCGCACCCAAUGGCAUUAACUGCUUCUUUGACAAUGUCGGUGGUGAGUUUUCCAGCAUCGUCCUCAAUAACAUGGCACGAUAUGGACGCAUAGCAUGCUGUGGGGCUAUAUCAACGUACAAUAACACCAAGCCACCAAUGUUGCGUGCUUUUCACGGCGCUGUGAUCAGAAACGAGAUCAAAGUUCAAGGAUUCGUCAUAUAUUCCCACCGCGACCGCUUCCCUGAUUGGGCGCAACAACAUAUACAGUGGAUUCUACAGGGAAAACUGAGGUACAAGGAGCAUGUCACCAAUGGAUUCGACAACAUGUUUGAUGCUUUUGUGGGAUUAUUCUCUGGAGCAAACACCGGCAAAGCUGUCGUUCAAGUUUAAUUUUUUGUCGUUCAAGUUCGUGGCUCGACUAUAAAACAUAUGUAGGCCCUACUAGUCUACAGAUUUUCACUUAAAACUUGAAAUGAUUUAGUUUUGCUCAAGGUGUCCGUGACUGCAAUAUGUAAUAUUCUCUUUGAUUAGUUUCUGCAUGUAACGCACAUUUAAAAAAAUCUCUUGAACAUGCAGCAGCCCUGGUGGUGUAUUUAGUACCAUUGAACUGUAUAACAGCGGAAGUGUUGUAACCAAUUAUCGAAAAACUGGGGUCACAUUGUUCCCAGAAAUAAAGCCAAGAAUAUUCGUUUUCUGAAACCAAGAGGAUUAAGUUAUAGGCCUACGGGUUAUCUAUCCUAUCACGUCAUUUGUCCAGCCAAAACUCAACUUACAAAUGGGUCAGUAUCAGAGACACGUUCAUUGGAGACAAAUACUCUGAUCCCCAUUAGGAACAUUAAUCCCUUUCAAAAGAGCAUUGGUUCAAAUUAUGGACGCCCAACCUUCCCCUCAUAAAGUUUUGGAGACAAGGGAUGCCUUUUUCUAAUGUCGCACGUGACCUGAAUUGGCGUCCAAAUAAAGUCCAUUAUUAUACUACAGUAGGGUUUGCUUCAUAAAAACAUUAAGAACCGAAAACAUGUAAAUCGAAUACAGCGAUCGAAGGCUUUUUCUUGAUCCAAACUAAUCAUUCCCUCCUCAAAUAAUUCCAAUUGCCAUAAUCAAUAAUGCCCCUAAGAAUCAUAAGGUUGGUUUGAAUAUUCCCAGAAGGGGCCCCACAAUAUUGCUCUUUUCUAGUAAGAUUAUGCAUAAGCUUAAGUUUAUAAGUAAUAACAUUGAAUAACAUUUUAUAAUCCACAUUCAUAAAGCUGAACGGGCGCCAAUUUUUUGAAGAUGAUACUUUUUGCCGGAUUUCUUAUAAAAAAAUAUUAAAGCCACAUUCAUGGAUGCUCAGAAAUGACUUAUUCCAGGAGAAUGUCCUCUGCUUAUCUUUUAGGGCAGUCUCUCUCUGGCAAGUCUCACGUACAAGCAAAGCCCACUGACCGUGCGUUCAUUUAACUUGAGCGUACUGCGCAUGCAUCAAAUCUGAGCGGCUGAUAUUUGACCUCAACUUUGCUUAUUGACGAGGGACCCCACGCCCAUUUUAACAUUAUUAUGUAAAUGAGUUUUUUUGCGGGGUUUUCAAAGACACUUUAUAAUAAGAAACAUUUUUUUGAAGAUUAUUUCUUCAAUUUACAACAUUUUUCAAAACGACACAAAAUACACAUCCUGAGUAAAAUUAACAAGAGGUGGUUGCUAAGGUAAAUAAAUUUUAUGUGAUUUUAUGUGAAAAAUUGCUAUAAUUCUCACAAUCUGCCUGUUGCCACUACGUUAGACUGCAUGCUCCCAAGGUGACAACAAGAAGGCGCUAAUUCCAUUUUUGCUCAGUUUGGUCAAAAACAGUAUUUUGGGCACAGUUCUCACGUUUUUUCAUUCAAAUUUUCGCUGAUAUGCUACCCCACACCUGUUAUGGCCAAACAAACAAAGGGCAAAAACAAAACUUGGUAUUAGAAGUUCCAACUUAUGUUCUAUAAUUGUUUUGCAAUUUUUGUUUUAACACUCAUCAUGCUAGUAGUUUUAAACAUAUGAAUAUAAGUUUGUGAGUACGAAAGGAGAGCGUUUAGAAAUUGAAUGCUUAGGAAUUAGGCACGUAAGGCUGAGGUCUCUGUAAGUUUACAAAGUGACAUUAUGGUCCUGUUUCGGUGCUAAAAAUAAAGUGCCAAAGUUUAAACAGAUGGUAAAA